AUUUUCUGCCUUACAUCAUGCCGCUUUAAAUGGACAUUGUGAAAUACUGCGUGCCCUACUGGAAGGUCAUUUGAUGCCUGUAGAUCUCAAGGACAAUAGAGGGAUGAGACCAUUACACUAUGCUGCCUGGCAGGGCAAAUUAGAUGCAGUUUAUUUAUUACUACGUGCAGGUUCAAGUUCUAAUGAUUCAUCAAAUGAUGGAGAGACACCUUUACAUCUUGCAUCUCAGUAUGGUAGUUAUUCAGUGGCAGAGACGUUACUCCAGCAUCAGUCAAAACCCACAGCAAAGAACAAAGAUGGGAAAACUCCCCUAGAUUUGGCAUGUGAAUUCGGAAGAAGAAAUGUUGUAGAAUUAUUAUUAAACAGUAACCAAUGUUCAGCAUUACUUGAUGCGCCACCAAAUAUAAAACAAAAACCACAGCAUACUCCAUUACACUUAGCUGCAAAAAAUGGUCAUAUAGAUGUAAUCAGAAUCUUAAUACAGUUAGGAAUAGAUAUCAAUCGUGAGACACCGAGUGGAACCAGUUUACAUGAAGCUGCAUUAUAUGGUAAAUCAGAAGUAGUACGGUUACUUUUAGAGCAUGGCGCUGAUGUGUACAUAAAGAACACAUUUGGACAGUCUGCUUUGGAUAUUGUCAAUAAAUUUACAUCUUCUCGAGCAGCUCAGGAUAUCAAACAAAUGCUUAAAAAUGCUAGUGGCGCCCUCCAGGCUCGGGCCAUUAAGGACUAUUAUAAUAUGUACGACCAGAACAGCCUUGCCUUUAAAGCUGGGGACAUUAUAACGUCCUCUAGUUUUUAUGCUGGUACAUGUUAA